CCAAAAACAAGAACCUGAAAAGAAAAACAAGCACAUGACUUCAGAUGAAGGAAAUAUUCUUUUAAUCCACUUACAAAAAUAGUUUCCUUAGAUGGCAAAAAAAUUAUUCACAUUUGUGUGUAGAUGGUAAAAGAUAAGUAGUAGUUUUGUGUCCCCAUGAAGAGUUGCUGUAGCUCUAGGACUUUUUAAUUUUGAAGAGAACAUGAACAUUGUUGUACUAAAAUAGAAACAUAUGUAGCCUUGCGUAAAUCACUUCUUUUAAUAUCUCAUUUGUGCUUGAAUAGUGUGUUUGAUUUUAAAGCGAAAACAUUAAACAAUGCAGAAUUGAUCGAAAAUAAAACACUUGAUGAGAGUAAUCAAGAAGAGAUGCAACCAGAAGAAGAUUUUUCAGAGACAUAUACCAAAGGCAAGAAGACACCACAAUCUAGCAUGGAGAAUGUAAAUUCAGAAGGAAUGGAAAUAACUGAAAACAGUUCAAAGUCAAGUUAUGCUGAGGAAGAACAAGAACAGGUUAUAAACACAUACACUAUAGAAAAUUCAGAAAUCAAGGAUAGCAGAAGAGUCAAGCUAGAAGAAGCAUCUUAUAUAAAAGAAGCCACAGAUGAAUCUGUGGAUAAAGCCAUCUCAUUUUUAUCUACCAUACCAUCUGUAAGAAUUGGGAUAGUUGAUGAAAGCAUUCAAGAAAAAAUACAAAAGGAUGUUCAACCCGCAGUGAUCAAUUCCAAAGCAGAGCAGAGACCAGAAAAUGAUUUUGUGAGGAACAUGGAAGUUCUCGAGGGGCCAGGCAACACCUCCGUGGAAAAUGACGAGAAAGUCGAAGUCCAAUCUGAAGCAAAUAACCAGAAGACCAUUAAAAAACAUCCAAAUUUAGAAGAACUGGAGACUGCAGAAAUAAGUCCAAGUAGUGAUACUAAAGAACUUGGAAAGGAACGUGAAGUUGCCAAACUUGGAGGUGUAUCUGAAUCUGUCUCCGUAGAUAUCACAGAACAUAUAGACACUGGAAAACUGGAAACUCAAGAGGCCGAAACUGGUAUAUCGGGCAACACAAAAGAAGUUAAAGCAGGAGAAGAAUUCGAAAAAAUAAGCCUAUCAUCUAGUGUUGGUGUCAUAUCCAGAGACUCUCAAGACAGUGGCACCAAAGUUUUGCACAAAAAAUCUCACGGCAUCCUGUCAGGUGUAGGAUCAAAGGUGAAGCACUCAAUUUCCAAAGUGAAGAAAGUCAUUACGGGCAAGUCUUCACACCCCAAGACACCACCAUCAUAAAAAUUAAAAAAUAAGUGCUCAUUAGACAACUACAUGCUGCUGUUGAAAAUAUAAUAUGCACGUGUUUGGGAAUUUUAGAGGGCUUAUUUCUUAUGUUUGAGGAAUUGGAUUGAUCUGUUUCAUUGAUGUAUUGUUUGGUUUGUCAUUGGUUUUGAAAUUUGAUCUUACGGAGGAUCUACUAUCCUUCUAAUCGGUGUAAUGUAUUCUUAUUCUCUUUGUAUGGAUUUAGUAUUUAUUUCAAAACACAGGCACAAAUAGCUGAUAAUUGAGAACAUAAGGAAAGGGUAAAGUAGUGUGCGUAAACAACAUUUUGAAGAGAAGAAAAAUGAGAAAGCAAGUACCAAAGGGACACCUGAUAAGAAUUAUUA